GCAGAGAGACAGAUUUCAGAUGGGAGGAGUCUCGUGGUUCAGGCCAGGACAGACCAAAGGACAAACAGACAGAGGUGUAGAAAGAGAAAGUAGCUAAUAACUGAGGAACAAAGAGCAAAAACACUCGACCACCCUCUUUGAAAGCAGAGAAUAAAUGGCGAUGUCACCGACUGCUAUGGUGGCCCGUCGGGCUCUCGCGGCUGCAUCACAAGGGAGCCAUGAAGGAGGAGCAAGGACCUGGAAGAUCCUGUCCUUCGUAUUGGCCCUGCCCGGUGUUGGUGUCUGCAUGGCAAACGCUUACAUGAAGAUGCAGGCCCAUUCCCAUGAUACCCCAGAGUUUGUGCCAUACCCACACCUCCGCAUUCGAACCAAGCCAUGGCCCUGGGGUGAUGGGAAUCACUCCCUCUUCCACAACUCUCAUACAAACCCUCUGCCCACCGGUUAUGAGGGAUCUCACCACUGAGUGGGACACCCCCCUGCUGUCUGACACAGAUCCCAAUCAACACAGUCUCCAUUCAGCAGCAACAGGCUGCCAUACUUUUAACAUUUUUAACAGACAUAAACAACUGUUUUCACAUGAAUUCCUUGUAUCUGGCAACAAGCAAUAAAUGGUAAACAGUUAA